AGGUAUUCUGAUAUUCUCGUCCAUCGACUUUUGGCUGUUGCUAUAGGAGCUAUGCCUUCAUUUCCUCAAAUGUUUAACAAACAAAAUACACAGGUAAAGAAAUUCAAUUUUGCUGUUGUUAUACACCGUAUAUCUGCAUAAACUAAUUUCCUAUUAUUCUGACAACGGAAAAUUCGUGGUCAGACUCGUUCCAAUCCCCGUUGACUCAAUUGCUCCAGCGAUUGAUCAAUAGGUAGAGCGCUGUCUAGAAACCCGAAGAUACGAAUUCCGCUCGAGACAACGAAUUUUUUGUUGUUCUUCGCCGUGUCAGAAUAACAUGAAACUAGUUUUUCAUAUUUCUGCAUGAGGAUCAGAUGGUUCUGAAAUAGUAUAUCCGCAUCAGAGCGUUGAGUACAUCAUUUACGAUAUUCAAAAUUUCAACUUUUUUCUGUAGGACAUCUGUAACCAGUUAAAUAAACGUCAUCACAUGGCACAACUCGCCUCUCGAUCGUCAGUUGAAUUGCAUACUCAGGUUGGUUUUAAAUUGCUUUUAAAUAACUACAGGAGAGAGAUCUUGCGUCCUUCAAGUCAAACAAUGGCAUUUGUUGUUAUCGACCGCCGCAAUUGUUCACUGAAAUGAUAAAAGACUGAAAUUCUCAAUUUGUACUAAUAAAAUCUAUAAUUUACUAAUAUAAAAAAAAAAUAGUUUCAAGAAUUAAAACAAUUGAGCACUUUUAUGGUCGUUAGCAGCUGCACUGUAUAUUCUUAUGACGAAAAUAAGAGCUCAGCAUAAUACAGCUAGAAACACAUUUUAUUGACAGUGGCAUUUCGUCUUGACUGAAAACAUCUUCAGAGUAUUCUUUCAUCCUGCGCCAUCUCUGAUGAACUUCUAACUCACCAAAGUUUUUUUAAUUUUAAUUAACAGGAAAGAUAGUUCUGUCCCUCUUUUCCUGCUCUAAUUCCAGUCCCCACUCUCAUUUCCUAGUUUUCUGUGUCUGUAAGUUAAUAACUUGUAUUAUUAUUUAUUUAAAAAAUUCCUGGUUUCUGAUUGGCUAACAACCAACUAUGAAAUUGUCAUAUCAACUCAAUGGCUAACCAAAUAUGGAUUUUUCACAUUCAUAUUAGCAAAAUGACGUCAAAAAGUCAAUAUGAAAAAAAUUUGGACGCGUUUGCGCCAUAUUACUAUGACGACGAGAAUCAUAUUGACUCGCUGACGCCAUUGAUAUGACGAGACGACGAUUGUUUUUUCUUAAUACAAAUAAAAUACAUAACGGCAAACUUCGGGCUUGAUAAUUCUUCAUAUCGUGCUCAAACUCAUUCAAUAAUUGUUAAAUAUUGUAACUUAAAUUUAUUCAUAAUCCUUGUCAUUUUAAUUUUAAUUUUAAUUUUACUGUCAGGCUGAAGAUGUCUGGAGUUAAGACGAAACGUUAAACUCUAUUUCAUGCAUCAGUAUAGAACGUUUUAUGAUAUAACUUUUUAUGGUAUAUAUUUUAUGUGAUAGAUGAAACCAUUAAGAGGUUACGCCCCCUCCCCCAGUUUUGAAAGAAUUACAAAGUUGGUCCUGAAGAAAAGUGAGGGGUCCGGCCCUUCCUGCCCCGACCCGCCUCUGCUUGUUCUGUUGCUUUAGUGAAUGUAGCUACAGAGUUUUCAAAAUUAUCAAGAUAAACCUUUCAUGAGACUUAAAAGUAUUGGUAUAUGGCAGAACGCAAGGUCAUGCACGACUUACAUGCCUAUACAUGAAUCUAUUUUUCCGUCUCUACCCUGGUCGUUUAUAUUUCAAAAACAUUUUCCUAGCAGUCUUCACUGACCAAUGUACAUGCUUCGAUUGUUUGGGGAACAUGGUGGUAACAUCGCGAUUUUAAAAAGUAUUAUUUUUUAUGUUUUCAAGCUGUUUUUCAAAGAUCGUGUUGUGGUUGAAGAAGCUUACAUUUUGUUUGUGAGAAAGAAUGCGCUACAAGUGUUGAUUCCCAAAUAUGGAAUUGAAGGAAAUAUAUUUUUACGCGAAGUAACAUCACGAAGCAAGUUUGACGAUGAGGUACGUUGUAGAUUGACGCAAGGACAAGUGGGCAGAUUCAAGUGAUUUGAUUACAGACCACACCUGCUUGGUUGUUUUAACUCAACCCAAUUCCACAGCAAAAUUCUCCGUUUAUGAUUUACACGGCAACUAAUUACUAAUUCCUGAUUGGCUGAGAGUAUUACAAUUAUUCAGUGUACUACUGCACAAUUAAUAAAUCAAGAGUGGGGCUUGGGAACAAAUUUGAGCAAAUAUAUUCAAUAUGUCGGUUCAAUAGGAGUGUGAUUUUGUUGAUCUAUUAUAUAUUUUUUCUACAUUUAUUUACAUUAUGUAAGUUGUGUAAGUUGUAAGAUGAAGAAGCAAUAAAAGCUUCUUGUUGUUUAAUUGUUGUUUCAAGAAAAAGAACAGUACAGAACUCCUCCCCGCAGCGGCUCUCGUAUUGUUUAUCCUUAAUUGUGCGCGAGUACAAUACUUAUUCAGAGGUUUCUUCAAAACAAAUGAAGUCACUUUAAUUUAGUAUCAAUGUAAAGCAAUGCUUUAUUAUAAACUUUUUCAUACAUCACGAGAGCAGAUGAAAUAUUUUCAUAUACAAGAUUUAUGCAAUGAGAUUGAUAAUUCCAAUUAAGAAUGAUGAUAAUCUUUUCAAUUCCAGCAAAUAUUUCUCUAAAAUUAAACAGACACUGUCUCCCUCCUGGUAAAAGGAACUACGGGUAGCUACCUGUGUCCGGCAAAUUGGAUUAAAUAUAUUUUGCAGUGCGAUUCUAUGUAGCAAUAUAUAUAUACAAGAGCCAAGAGGUAAUAUUUUUUAUUUGGUUUUUCAGGAGUCAUCGUUAACGAUUGAUGAUGUCACAUUCAGAGUAUUCUCCAAAGUUUUAAUCCAAAUUAAAGUGGAAACAUCUUCAUCAAGAAAUCGAUUUGUUAAUAUUUCCCUUGUUCAACCUGCGGUAGGUUUAAAUUAUUAUAAUUACUAUAUGGACAUGGGCCACCAAGCAAGCCAGGCUCUUUGCCUCCGCUACGGCAAAAAUUUCCGAUAGGAAACAUUAUGUAAAUUCGUUUCAUAAUUUAUGUAGCGUAAUCUCGUAUUUAUAUAUAGGUAGCCUAGUAAUAGGCCUAGUAUGCAUGUUUUGAAUGCAGUUUAGGGAAAAAAUGCACGAGUGAGUUUUUCAAAGACGACCAAAAUUACAGGAGUUCAAAGCACGAGUGUUCGAAGCACGAGUGUCUGUUUUUCCAAAUGGCUCGAGAAACCAUACUAUUACUUAUCAAUUAUAUCCAUGAAAAUAUUAUGCUGAAGCAAAUUCAUGGUAACUUGCGUCCAUGAAACACAUGUGAAAUAAAUUAUUUACUUGCUCAUUUGAAUGGCACAACAACUUAAUAAACAGCAGCGGUGUACGAGAUGCGACUACCUGAAAGAUACAAACAGAACUUCGACAUGUCGAGCGAAAACCCUUCGUCCAAGUUAGUAAAUUAUAUCAAUUAUUCAAGAUUUAGUGUAAUAAUGAUAUUGUAAAUUAAUAUGUUGUAGUUUUGUCACUGAAAAGCCCCUUCAGGCAUUGCCAUUAAAGUCAAAUAUCUCAAUAUAGCAACUUGAAUGCGAAAAAUAUAGGGAAAUGGAAGAAAAACGCAGUAAACUUUACUAUAUUCGUUGUAUUCGUGACAUAACAAACAGGUCUGCACGUCUGAUGGCCUGUUUCCUAUCCAUUUUUUUAACUAUCCAUGGUUUCACGUUUGCUCAGGAAACAAAGAAAUACGCUUCGUUACGAUACGGUUGAAGUAAAGCAGCCUUUAAUCGACCGUUCUAUAGAACAAGUUUUUAACUGUCAAAGACUUUUAAGGGCCUGUCACGUAUUCUUUUUUGGCCCUGAAUUUCGUUUUUUGGCACUGUAUUUUGAGAAAGUUGCACUGCUUUUAGCCAAUCAGAAUUGAGUAAAAUGAAAUCAUUUUACUUUGUUGCUCCUGUGUUAACACUGUACCACAUCUAUUGUCCCGUAUCGUUCACUAUAAGACCCACCAAUUGGCAAUAUUUGCAAUUGAUGAUGCAUGAUCAUUGUGGUCGUAUACUGUAGGAUAGUCUUAUUACCCUCACAUCAUCAACUGGGAAAGGUGCCCCAAUCGACCGCAAUGAUUUGAGAAUACGAUUAAAUACGUAUUUUUUACAAAAUAACUCUUCGUAUAUUCCAUAUAUGUAUUCCAUGAAAUCUCUGUAUCCCUUGCAGGUACCCGGAUUGAGUGUUGAUCCAUUAGAUAUUGAUCCCACAACGGACACCAUUCAACCAGAAUUAAAGAAACUAAGAACAGUUUAGUCAAAAUGAGAAUUUUGUUCACACAUCAAAUCUCCCUGGCAUAUACACCCAGAUGAAGAAGCAUCGCAGACAAGGAUUUCUCACUCGGUGCUAUAAUGAAACAUGGCAUGCAUAUGUUGGCAUUAAAUUUUCAAUAUAUCAUUGGAUGACCUUUUGCUGAACGAGAAAUCAUAUAUAUAUACAGCAAGUCUAACUGGAUAAAAGAGCUUCACUAGUGAACCCAUUAUUGAAUACCAAAUCGUAGAUAUGUGCCAACAUGGAGACACAGCCCGUUCUCAGGUCAGACGAAGUCCGCACAACGACGCUGGAAGAAUUAUUAUAAUUAUUGUUUGGGGAGAUUUUCAGGUGAAAGUUUUGGUUUCGCAAUACCUGAUGGAUCUUCAAACGAAAGAACGCAUCGUAUAGACCAUACUAUUUUGGUCCAGAAAAUAUUUCACAAAAUGAUUGGUAAUUUAAGAUGACCGUCCAUUGAUUGCUUCUUGUGCAAACUUAAUUGAUACGAGUUGUAUAUUUGUAUAUUAUAACUAUAGGUAUAAACUCAUUUUAGUCAAGUUUUAGUGCAUGAUAUUAUCUAAAUAAAGCCGAAUUUCACUUGUGAAAACUUUUUGCAUGCUGUAGUGAAGACGUUUUAGCAAAUGUAAUUUUGUCUUUCCUCUGCUACAGGUUAAAUAAGUCGCC